AUGGCUGCUGCCAAUACCUCCUUUUAUGUCUUCACCGGUGCUGAGAUCCACUGGCGCCAAGCCAAAUCCUUCAAUGGUGAUGCCGCUGCCAUUCAUACCCUACUCACCGGCUUGACCGGGUUUUUGAUUGUCGAAGGCAUUCUUCUCACAACCUCAUUGUUUGCCGCUCAUGCCAUUCAUGCAAUCACUGGAGGAAUCCUACAUGUCUGGGCCUGGCCUGUUCGAUGGUUGUUUGCUCGUGUGCGGCCACACGUGGAGCCUCUGCUGCGGCGCUUCUGGCCAUCCAAAUCCCCAGCACCCGACCUUCCAGACCCUCGAAGCUAUGAACGAAUCACCAUGGAUGACAACGAUGAUAUCAGUGAUGACGAAGAAGGGUACCAUCUCCUGAAUACUGCGCGACUGCCCAACCGCCUGCCGGGGUCCAAGCGGGUUACCGAUGGUGUGCCCCAACGGGCCCUCAUCCUGGGAUUGUUUGGUCUUUACCUCUUGCUCCGAUUGAUGCGACCGUGGGACCCAGUAUACAUGUACAUGUCCACCACCUUGCCCUUGACUACUAUCAUUGAUGGCGCGGAGCGUCACUCCCCCGUCGAUACCACCGGCACGCCGGAGCGUUUUGAUUAUUUGGAUCGAGUCACUGCAUUGCGCCCAGCACCCCGGUGGAGCUGGAUGUCUAAGGAACCGAUCGCCGGUUUCGAGGAUUGGGAUAAAUCAGAUCCCCUGGCACUUCAUUACAGCCCGCAAGAGGACCCAUUACGCAUCUCCAAUCUCGACAAACCGGUGCUUGAGGACAUUCAUAACGCACUGGCCAGCGGCGAUGUCAAGAUCAAGCAUGUAGUUUUCUUGAAACUUGAGAGUUCGCGCGCCGAUAUCUUCCCCCUGCAGAAGGACAGUUUCAUGUACAAGCGUAUUGCGGAAACAUGGAAGGACAAGACGAUUCCCCCCGAGGUUGUCGACCGCCUUGCAAAUCUCACCCGUACGGCUGAGUUUUUGACCAACUUCCCUAAUGGAUUUGAGCACGAAAAUACCCGUUUUGGCCGCAAAGCCUAUGGUGGCAUCAGCGCCAAGGACGCCAUCACCUCGUCCACCUACACGCUCAAGAGUUUGACCGGAAGUUUCUGUGGUGUGACCCCAUUGGUCGCCGACUUUAACCGCGAAUUCGAACACCAUAUCUACCAGCCAUGUCUGCCCCACGUCUUCGACAUGCUCAAUCAGCAACCGGAUAUCACUAAUGAGACCAAUGACUUCACCAAAUGGCCAUGGCAUUCGACUUUUAUGAUGUCAGUCACCGAAAUGUACGAUAACCAAAAUCUAUUGACCCCCCACUUGGGAUUCCGAGACAAACAGACCAAAGAGACCAUCAUCAAGCCCGAGGCCAAGCAUUAUCCUGUCACCAGUGCCGAGGUGAACUACUAUGGCUUUCCGGAAUCCGAGCUUCGGGAGUACAUCCGUGAUGCCAUCGAUGAUGCGGAACGGGACCACCAGCGUCUCUUCCUCGGCCACCUCACGAGUACCACUCACCAUCCGUGGGGAGUUCCGAAUGACGCCUAUGAAGAUUUGAUGGGCUCAAAAUCCGGGGCUAACAACGAUAUGAAUCGAUACCUGAACUCGGUUGGUUAUGUGGAUGAUUGGCUCUCAAAUCUUAUCGAUAUCCUAGAGGAAAAGGGAGUUGCCAAUGAGACCUUGUUUGUCAUGGCUGGAGAUCACGGCCUUUCCCUCCCCAACGACGGCGGUAUCACUCCCUAUGACAACCCUCACGUCGGUAGCUUCAAAGUCCCCAUCGUCAUUGCACACCCUCAACUCCCUCCCGUUCAGAUUGAUGCCCCAGUCAUCAGCACCCAGAUUGUCCCUACCAUCAUUGACUUGUUGAUCGAGUCGGCAUCCCUUAGCGAGGACAGCACACGUUCUGCCCGCGACAUUCGCUCGCUGUACGAAGGCCAAUCCCUGAUCCGACCACAGGUCGUCGAGAAGGAUGGACGCGAAGCCUGGCAUUUCACAGUCAUGAACACCGGUGGUUCUUGGCUAUCUGUUCGGUCGGCUGCCCGCCCCGAGUUCCGCCUGGUGAUCCCGCUAGUCAACGACGUGGAAUGGCGCUUCUCCGAUGUGUCCAAGGAUCCGAACGAACUCAACCCGAUCGAGCGCUUCAGCCUUGCCGAUCUAGCGGCCGCGCUGGAGAAGGAGUACGAUAAUGAAGAAGUUCUCAACUGGCUCUACAACGCAUCCUAUGUCGCCAACUGGUGGGUACUGGAGAACUGGGACCGAUGGAGAUACUCCCCAAAGGCCAAAGAAGAGGCCAAAGAAGAGGCCAAAGAAGAGGCCAAAGAAGAGGCCAAAGAAGAGAAAAGCUAA